AUGAAGGCCAAUGUGGAAGAAGAUGUCAAAAAGAAGAAGAACCUAGCAUUAAAGUCCACUCAAGUUCAAGAGGACUCUGAAACUGAAGCUGAAUUAAAUGAUGAGGAGUUCGCUUACUUGACCAAGAAGUUCAAAAAUCAUUUUAGGAAAAGGAACUUCUCAAAGAAAGUAAACAAUCAAGAAGGCAAAGGAGAAAAGAGCAACAAAGAUACAAUCAUCUGUUAUGAAUACAAAAAGCCCGGACACGUGAAGUGGGACUGUCCUCAAAGAAAAUCCAUUUCAAAGAAGAGCAAGAAGGCCAUGAAAGCUACUUGGGACGAAAGCGAUGAAAGCGAAUCUGAAAGCGAGGAAGAAGUAGCAAAUCUAUGCGUAUGGCUUUUUGAGACGACGACGAUGAGGUAA